UUUAAGUUCACGUACGCGUAUAUAUAUGUUUAUGGCAAUACGCAGCAGGUGGCGCCAGAGUAUGCUGGAAUGGAGACGCGAUUCAAUGACGCAAUUGAUGAGCGCCAAGCACAAUAAGUGUAAUGGGAAAGUUUUCCCUUCCCAUGAAAUUGUGAUGCUAUGGGUCUGCCACAUUUAAUAGUCUUAUAACUCAUACCGUCUACGCAGUAUCAUUAAAACUAUUAUUUUGUUUUUUUGUAAUCAUGUUGUCCAAGGUGAUUUAAAAGAAAUCUACCUGGUGGAUAUGUUCACGGUGGCUUGUUUCCACACGGACUGUUUUUGUAGACGCACCCGUGUGAAUGUGGCAAACGAACGACCGAGAAAACAUUUUUGUGUCUCCAUAUGAGAAGAAAUGACAGACUGGAACCCAAUUGCGAAGAUUUAUGACCCCCUAAAGGCAGGCAGCAUCGACGGCACGGACGUUGAACCGCAUGACCGGGCGGUGUGGAGGGCGAUAAACGCCCGCUACAAGCCCAACAAAGGUGUCGUUGGAGAUCCACUGCUCACUCUGUUCGUGGCUCGCUUGAAUCCACAGACAAACGAAGAUAAGCUGCACCAAGUUUUCUCCAAGUACGGAGACAUCAAGCGGCUUCGACUGGUCCGGGACUUCGUUACUGGCUUUUCUAAGAAAUACGCAUUUAUUGAAUAGUCCGUAGUGCGAGCUCGCCGGGACGCUAACAAACUGAUGGUGGACCAGCACGAAAUAUUUGUGGAUUUCGAACUGGAGAGAACCCUGGAAGGAUGGAUACCCCGGCGGCUCGGUGGAGGACUGGGAGGGAAGAAGGAGUCCGGACAGCUGAGGUUCGGCGGCCGGGACAGGCCUUUCAGAAAACCGAUCAACCUCGGAGGUCAGGGCCAAGAGAGAGGCGGAGGCAGAGAAUGGGACAUGCAUGGACAACGAGACAGAGAGGACAGGGACCGACAAAGAGAACCCGAUCGGAGCAGUAGAGGGAGGAGAGAAGACAGAGACAGAGACAGGUCAAGAGAACAAGACAGGUCCAGAGACAGGGACAGGUCCAGAGACGACCACAGACAGAGGGACAGGAGUAGACACAGGGACAGAAGACGAUGAAAGCCAAGAUUUUUUCUCAAUUUCAACACGAACCCUAUGUGCGUGUGUGUGUAUAUAUAUAUAUAUUCCUAGUUUCCAAUUGUAGAUAAUUCCACCCAGAAGCAUCACAGUUUCUUACAAAAAUAUCCUUUUUUUUUUUUUUUACAAGGAAAUACUCCAUUCUCUAUUGUUGAGAGGUUAGCUUCUUAACCUAGCAGGAUAACUUUUUGUUGGACAAAAUUGUCAUGACUUCAUUUUUAUUGUUUGCAUUAAACCCUAUUUGUUAUGAAAUAAUUUAAUAAACCACCACUUUUUUUGGAAUGAACCAUCAACUUGAAAAA